CAUCACAGCACCGACGCCCCUAGCCGCGACUUUCACUCAUAACGACCUCUCAUAUAACAACAGCACCUCUCAACCCUCGCUUAAUACCUGCCUCAGGCGACAGACACACUGGCAAACACCUACUACAAUCCCAUGGCCGCUGCCAGCGCCCAGCCAAUUGCUCUUCCCUCUACUUCCAGCAAUAAUCAGCAUGACAUUACGAUGAACCCUGGCUCCUUCGGGGCUCAGAGCGGUUCUUUCAACGCCAGCUCGUAUGCCCGUCGCUUCAUCAGCUCACCCAUCUCCUUCCGGGCUGGGUCCUUCGGAAGUCGUUUCUAUCCUGGCGUCUCACCAGGACAGCUUAUGGGUCCCCUAGACCCCAAUGAUUUUAGAUUUGGCAAGCUGGCUUCGUCGAUCGAAAGUGAUCGCGGUGCGUCAAUCAUGAACGCAUUGAACGACCUCCAACGUCAGGAGGAGCUGUGCCGUGACUACCAGUGCUGCGGCGUCAACCUCAACGAUAUGCACGCUCUGGUUGAUCAUUUCGAAGAGUGCCAUGUUGUCGUCGUCGACCCAUAUGCGCCACAACAGUCUUACCAGAACGUGCCCGCGGGCGUGUCUACCAACGGACAGCCGGCUGUCCCUUACUUCUCUGACGUCCCCUCGGCCCAUGUGGCCCCCUCGUAUAACCAAGGUUCGUUUGACCCAGACGAUAUGGAGCUUGACAUGGAGAGUACGAGUGCUCCGUCGAGUGGAUCUUCGUCACCCCCCGACACGCCGAUUUCGACACCUCUUUCGUCUUACCCUUCCAUACAUCCUCAGCAGGCGUUGCCGAUGUCCUCGUCGCCGGGUGGCUCGCGACCCAUCUCUGCAUUCGACACCACUACCGUGAUGCCCUCGCGUACCGGUGUCGCGUCGCUUUCCGUUGGCUUCCCACCGACGCGCUCAUCUGGACCUUCGGUCGCUUCGCGCACUGAGGAUGCCUUCAAUGCCUACGCUGGCUACUCUGAUUACUCGUCCCUCAUGCCUGGCACGAACCCUUCAGCGGUCCACAGUGUUGACGAUCAGCAGAACUUCUCGGGUGCCUACGCCAGCCGGCCAGGAUGUGUCCCACCUGCGCUUCUUCUCAAUAGCAGCGCUACCACUCCGGCGAGCACCCCCGACCAUUCUCGGGUCGCUUCUCCUGUCUCGGGUCAGAAUUUGACGUAUCCGAUCCAGCCCGCUAUCGUCCCAGCAGCCUCGUCGUCUACGCAGGCGUCCGCCUCGGCUUCGUCUUCUCAUAACGCCCCGCAGACGCCGCGUGCAAGCACGACACUCUCCCGUCCCGCAACCUCGCUCCUCUUGUCGAAGCCGUUCAAGUGCCCGAAGCUAAACUGCAACAAGUCUUACAAGCAGGCAAACGGCCUCAAGUACCACAUGACCCAUGGCUCGUGUAACUUCGCGCCGCCGAAGGAUCUGGAGCAGCUCCAGCAGCUUCUCGCCUCCAAGCGGAGUCAGAAGAGUGACGAGGGUGAGCCGCUUAGCGAUGCUGAGCUGCGGGAAGUUGAGAGGGAAGCCGAACGUCGUGUCCGUCCCUACGCCUGUGGUGUCGGCGAUUGCCAGCGUCGCUACAAGAACAUGAACGGCUUGAGAUAUCACUACCAGCACUCCGGCGACCACGGCGCGAUGGGUCUCGCGCUUCUGGCCAGUGGCCAGCACGAGUGUCUCCAGCACACUCGGUCUCACUCUAGGCACGUCACGCCUGCCAGCUCGAACCAGACUUCUCAGCGCUCUUCGCCUCUUGCAACCUCGGGUGCGACGCAAGCGCAGUCUGCGUCAACUUACAGUCAGAAUGCCAACGCUCCCCCGUCGUAUCAGACGUCCACCAUGCAUCCACCCACGUACACCCUGCAGCCGCAGCAGGUCAUGCCCCAGUCUCAGGGCCAGCAGUCUCAGCAGCAGCAGACCGCGCCGAUGCAAAUGCAGUACAUGAUGCAAAUGCAGACCCAGCAGCGGCGAUCGUCAUGACGGAUCCCCCUGAGGCGAAAUUGGGCGACUGAAGCCGUUGUAACACUAUCUCACCUUGUACCCUUGCGUCGACGCGAAAGACUGUCAUCUUGCACACGACGUGUGGCUAUUGAAAUUGGCCCGGGCCCGGGCGAAGUCGCUGGAUUUUCUUCACCUCACUCUUCCCUCACCACGACGCGACAACGCUUGGCUGCUCUUACGCCAAAAGUACAUAUCCCCUAUAAUUCCUCGCCUCUCGUCUCCACUGUUGUCGAAUCAUAUACAUCUCUGUAUUUUUCCUUACCGUUCUACUCGGGCUCGACUCAUACAUAUGCUGAGUCGACAUCAUGGAAUCCGGUCUCGCGCUUUUGUCGUUGUCUCUUCCUUCUUCUUUUCCCUUCCCUCUGCUUCUGCUUCGACAUGUUACAUAUUACAUACCUAAUGCGCUUCUUGCUCCCAAAAAGUUUCGCUACAGUGUUUUCUUCCUGUAGCUCUGCCCACCGUCACAUAGUCGAUAGACCUGGCUGUCAUUCGCACAAUUAGAUCAAACCUCC